AUGCUGUCGCAACAGGCAGGUAGUGUAGCACCUCCAUGCGCACUUGAAGACACCAUCGAUCCAGCUGCGAUGCUCUGUGCAUUCCUCAUGGCGAAGCGCAGUUGGAGUCGCUCUCGUAUAGCCCUUACACUUGGCGUUCCCCCGCUUGUAGUUGAAGAGUGCAUCCGCAAUGGUGUUUCGUCGGUGGCGCUUCGCUCACAGUUGGCACUUUGGGUAUCGGAGGCCCGAGACGACGACACGGUGCCGCCAGACCUCGCGAAGGCAGUUGUUGAAGCGACCGCGUCGGUGUCAGCGUCUGCAAGCGUGACGGAGGCCUUGCAGGACGCUGACCCCUUUUUUGCCCUUGACCCCGUCACGCGUGCACAUUUCGCCGAUCUGGGCGCCAACGUUGGGCAGAGUUUUAUUUCCAUCUUAAACGACCCACAGGAGACGACCGAGACCUCUAAUUGGGGUGCGUGGUUCGGCAGUGUCGUAUCCAGUGCCCUGGAUUACAAGGGGUCGGCAAAGUGCACAGAGACCGCCGUCGGUUCCGAGUCGUCGUCCGAGGCGUUGUUGUCAAGCUAUAAUUUGCAGGAUGACUACGCGGCGUACCUGCAGCUUGUCUCCGCUCCGUACAAUCAGAACCGCGAGGAGGGGCGGCUGGCUGCAAUAGCAGCGGACACAAACACACGGUUGGGUUCAUCCACCACUACCACUGCCACUGCCACUACCACUGCCUUAUCGCUAGAAAAUUUACCGUGGCCAGUCGGCACUCCAAAGGAGUUCUUCGAUUCUUCAUACGACUCGGCAAGCGAGUUUUGUUUCAUGGAGCAGGAAUUACAAAAGAACAAGGGAAUCUCGGGCGAUGAGAGCGAUAACGCCAUUAUUGCAAUGGAAUCGUUCGGAGAGGAUUUUAAGGUCAUGGAGUCGCGAAUGAAGGAACUGCGCCAGUGGGAGAGUGCUGUGGAGGGUUGCUUGUUGCGGCAUGUGCAAAGCCGAUCUGAUCAGUUCUUUUCGGCUUCCCACGAGUUCGGCGAUCGAGCAGCAGAGGCACGUGAAACUCUUGAUAAUCUUCAACAAACGAGGGAUGAUGUGGGAGUGUUUGGCAGGAGUUUAGUUCGAGAAAUGAUGAGGAUCGCACGACAUUACAGGACUCGCAACAGCCUCAGUUCUUUGUGCGCUUUGAUGGAGAUGGUGAUGGCGGUCUCAUCUCAGGUGGCGGCCGUGGAGAAUUGGGUGGCGCUUCCUGAGCGUGACAUGAUGGAGCUGCCGGUUGUUGUUGAGAGCUAUUGUUCCCUGCAGGAUGCCAUCAUGGCGGAAAAUGUCUCAGAAACCAAAACUAGCAGCGGUGGUGGCAUCACUUCGGAUGCGUCAGGCCUGCUGACAAGAGUGGUGGCGCUGCGGGAUGUGCCGCGGCGCGUGGCACGUGUGAAGGAACGUCUCUGCACAAUGAUCAUGGGGGAAGUAGAGGCCACACUUGUUCCGUCGGUGCGGGGGGCUUUUGAGGAUGGCUACGUCGCGUGUGUUUUCCUAUCUGCUGUUGGGAUGGGAAUAUGGUCCGUAGCUCUGGAACAGUCUCGCAUCCUCCUCAUUGACGCUUUGUGGAUGAAUGUUCGAGAGGCGUUCAUUGCUUUCAUGAUGGGAAAUUCUGCACUUAGUGACGAAACAGCCAAUGCUCUUCUCUCGACUGCUGUAGUAUCGCACUCUUCGCGUGAUGAGAAGCUGGCGCUGCUCAGUCACUCUAACGUGUGUAGAUUCCCUUUAUUCAUGCAGCUCGUCGGUUCACUUGUGGACCAGAUUCUUGAUUUUGUUUGUCAGGCAGCCCAGCGCUGGGGUCUCCUCUUAGUCGAAAGUUCUUCGAGGAAAAAGCUCUGGAAUGGCGAUGGGACGAACAUGGAAGACAUGACGAAGAAGUACCUCUCGUCUUUGUGUGCGGCGGCUGAAGGUAACAUCGCCUUGCUGCUUGAGGUGCGGAGCCAGCGUGGCAAAGCACCGGCGAAUGUUCACGAUCUCGAGAUGCUCGUUUCUCUAGGUUACUCCUUCAUGUCGAAUAUGGUCAGUGGUUUUCAGGGCGUUUUAGCUAUCUGCGGGGACAUUGAGGAUCCGUGGAAAUAUGUUUCAGGGAAGCAGCUCAAGGCCGCCGUCACACAUCUGGCAAAGGAGCACUUCCGUUGUCACCACAUGGAGAGUAUUGAAAAACUACGUGUAACUAUUGAAAACGAAACAUGGCAACAUGAAGGCAUUGAUGUGGUGUUUCAGUCCUGCGUGGAUACGCUUUGCCGCAGUGAUAGUGCUGUCAUCGCGGAGCUCCGAGGGCGUUCGGCGUUUACUGAUGUGACGAGUGACAUCAGACUUAUCUGUUCCUUGCCAAAAUCUGCAGAAGCGGUAGCGACAUCAAUGGUAACCAGAGGCAAGACUACAGACAAGUGUGAGACUCCUACGAGGAAACAAUUAAUGCUUCCACUGGUGAAUGGCCAUUCAGAAGGACGUAUUGUAAGCGGGUCGUUACUACUACUAAUUGAGAUGCUGCAUGAGAACGACGUCUACUUGGGACGAUUCCACUUUCUUGCGUUUGAUGUGAUGGGAAAGAUGUAUGACCUUCUCAAGCUUUACGUGUCGCAAUGUGCUGCACUUCUUCUUGGUGCAAUGGCUGUGGAGAACGGUGUGUUGCAGACUAUCACAAUACAGCACAUGGCUGUUGCUUCACAGAAUUUGGCCUUCCUUUACGAAGGGAUUCCACUUAUGACGAGGCGAUGGCUUUUGGUGACUAGUGACGAUAAGUUGUCACCGUCCAUUUCUGAGGACAUGGAGAGAGUUCGUAGGGACUGCGCGACAUACCGUUGCGAACUUUUUGAGAAAAUUUCCGCACUGGUGAAGGAUAAAGUUUAUGGUCUCGGGACGGUGACGUCAGAGUGUUGGCGGGAUUCUGGAAAUGAGUGGGUUAUGACGAUGCUGAGGGAGACAGCGCGGCUGAUGCGGGCGCUGAAGCCGCUCCUGCCGCCCAGAGACUGUCGCGGGAUCGUUGUGCCACUCCUCGGCACAUUUGCUCGAAUGAUCCGUGCGGUGACUCUCUCUCUGGGGCAGGACGCGGAUCUCCGAACAGUGAUGGUGUCGGACGUUCUGCUCUUCAAGGCAAAUGUGGAGAGGUUUGGCUUCGAUGUUCUUCGAUGUGCAGCACUGUAUAAAUCACCACUGGAGGCGAUGACGGAUUCGGUAGAACCACACACAUCGGAAAAGGAUGUUGUGACGUGGUUUUUCGGUGACAAUGAGCUAUCAUCAUUCUGA